AUGCUAGGCUUGAAUGGUACUCCCUUCCAGCCAGCCACACUACAGCUGACAGGCAUUCCUGGGAUGAACACAGGCCAAGCUUGGAUUGCCCUGAUUUUCUGUUUCCUUUACUUCAUCUCCAUUGCAGGCAACCUCAGUAUCCUUGCUCUGGUCAUUCUGGAACCUCCUCUACACCAACCCAUGUACUAUUUCCUCUCUAUGCUCUCUCUCAAUGACUUGGGAGUGUCCCUAUCUACACUUCCUACCGUGCUUGCUACCUUCUGUUUCAAUUACCGCCAUGUUGGUUUUGAUGCCUGCCUGGUCCAGAUGUUCUUCAUUCACACGUUUUCUUUCAUGGAAUCAGGCAUACUACUUGCCAUGAGCUUUGAUCGUUUUGUGGCUAUCUGUGACCCACUACGCUAUUCCACUGUGCUUACCAAUAGCCGCAUCCUGGCUAUGGGUCUGGGUAUACUUGCAAAAAGUUUCACUACCCUCUUUCCUUUCCCCUUUCUUGUAAAAAGAUUGCCCUUUUGCAAGGGCAAUGUGCUACACCAUUCAUAUUGCCUUCAUCCAGAUCUGAUGAAAGUGGCAUGUGGAGACAUCCAUGUUAACAAUAUCUAUGGGCUCUUUGUGGUAAUUUUCACAUAUGGCGUGGACUCAGUUUUUAUCCUUCUGUCUUAUGCACUGAUCUUGAGAGCUGUGUUGGUUAUCGCAUCACACGAACAGCGACUCAAGGCACUCAACACCUGUAUAUCACACAUCUGUGCAGUACUGGCAUUUUAUGUGCCCAUAAUUGCUGUCUCCAUGAUCCACCGCUUCUGGAAAAGUGCUCCAGCUGUUGUUCAUGUUAUGAUGUCCAAUGUCUAUCUGUUUGUACCUCCCAUGCUCAACCCCAUCAUCUAUAGCGUGAAGACCAAGGAGAUCCGCAAAGGGAUGCUCAAAGUCUUCCAUAAAUCUCAGACCUGA